GCGCAGAAGCAGAAGCUGUUCAGCAGACAGCGCAUGUGUGGAUCCUGCCAGACCUAUCAUUUGACCUUGCGUUCGCGCCCUUUCAAGCCAGUUUCUUGUGGGACGGGGAGGGGCGGGUGCCAUUCUCGGGGCGGUGGUCUAGCUCGAAGAUUUGGACAAGUGUUGGCCAUUGCUUACCGCUUGGCGAGUGUCUUUGGCAAUAACCAGCCAUGUCGAAGAUGCAUCCGACCACGAGCGAUUAUGAGCGGCGUAAGCAAAUCAGUGUCAGAGGAAUAGCUCAAGUCGAAAAUGUGGCCAACAUCAAGAAAACUUUUAAUCGGCAUGUGCACUACACUCUAGUUAAGGACCGCAACGUUGCAACCACGAGAGAUUACUACUUUGCAUUGGCCCACACCGUUCGCGACCACUUGGUCUCGCGAUGGAUAAGGACUCAACAAAGCUAUCACGACAAAGACCCCAAGCGUGUGUACUACCUGUCUCUGGAGUACUACAUGGGACGCACCCUGCAGAACACCAUGAUUAACCUGGGUAUCCAGAGCGCCUGCGACGAAGCCCUCUACCAGGUGGGUCUGGACAUCGAAGAGCUGCAGGACGUGGAGGAGGACGCCGGCCUGGGGAAUGGCGGUCUGGGCCGCCUCGCCGCCUGCUUCCUUGACUCCAUGGCCACCAUCGGACUGGCCGCUUACGGCUACGGCAUCCGCUACGAGUACGGCAUCUUUGCGCAGAAGAUCAAGGAUGGUGGCCAGACGGAGGAGCCCGACGACUGGCUGCGGUUCGGCAACCCCUGGGAGAAGGCUCGGCCCGAGUACGUCCUGCCCGUCUGCCUCUACGGCCGCAUGGACAAGGGCAAGUGGAUCGAUAACCAGGUGGUGUUCGCUCUGCCGUACGAUACGCCGAUUCCCGGCUACCAGAACAACGUGGUCAACACGCUGCGCCUGUGGUCGGCCAUGUCGGCUGCCAGCUUCAACCUGCAGUUCUUCAACAAUGGCGACUACAUUCAGGCGGUAUUGGACCGUAACCUAGCGGAGAACAUAACACGCGUGCUGUACCCGAACGACAAUUUCUUCGAGGGCAAGGAGCUGCGACUGAAGCAGCAGUACUUCAUGGUGGCGGCCACCAUACAGGACGUGCUGCGCCGCUUCAAGGCGUCUACGUACGGCUCGCGCGAGCCGAAACGCGUCUCGUUCGAGACGUUCCCGGACAAGGUGGCCAUCCAGCUGAACGACACGCACCCGUCGCUGGCCAUCCCGGAGCUGAUGCGCGUCUUCCUGGACGUCGAGAAGCUCUCCUGGGACGAGGCCUGGGGGCUAGUCACCCGCACCUGCGCCUACACCAAUCACACGGUGCUGCCAGAGGCGCUGGAGCGCUGGCCGGUCAGCAUGCUGGGCAACAUGCUGCCCCGACACCUGGAAAUCAUCUACGAGAUCAACUGGCGCUUCCUGGACGAGGUGAACCACCGCUGGCCGGGUGACUUGGACCGGCUGAAGCGCAUGUCGCUGGUGGAGGAGGACGGCGAGAAGCGCGUCAAUAUGGCCCACCUAGCCAUUGUAGGCUCGCACGCCGUCAACGGCGUGGCAGCCAUCCACUCGGAGAUCAUCAAACGCGAUGUAUUCAAGGACUUCAGUGAGAUGACGCCGGAAAAGUUCCAGAACAAGACGAACGGCAUCACGCCGCGCCGCUGGCUGCUGCUCUGUAACCCGGGCCUGUCGGACGUCAUCGCUGACAAAAUCGGCGAGGAUUGGAUCAUUCACCUGGAACAGCUGACCAAGCUGAAAGACUUGGUGAACGACGCCGCCUUCGUGCGUGCCGUGCAGAAGGUGAAGCAGGAGAACAAGAUGAACGUGGCCAACGUGCUGACCAAGCAGUACGAUGUCCAGGUCAACCCAGCCUCCAUGUUCGACAUCCAGGUGAAGCGGAUCCACGAGUACAAGCGCCAGCUGCUCAACUGCAUGCACGUCAUCACGAUGUACAACCGGAUCAAGAAGGACCCAGCCGCGGCGUGGGUGCCGCGCACGGUGAUGGUCGGCGGUAAGGCGGCGCCUGGCUAUCACAUGGCCAAGCAGAUCAUCCGACUCAUCAUCGCCGUCGGCAACAUCGUCAACAACGACCCCGCCGUCGGCGACAAACUCAAGGUGAUCUUCCUGGAGAACUACCGGGUGACGCUGGCGGAGCGCAUCAUCCCGGCGGCCGACCUGAGCGAACAGAUCUCCACGGCCGGCACCGAGGCGUCCGGCACCGGCAACAUGAAGUUCAUGCUGAACGGCGCGCUCACCGUCGGCACUCUGGACGGCGCCAACAUCGAGAUGCGCGACGAGAUGGGGCCCGACAACAUCUUCAUCUUUGGUAUGACCGUGGACGAGGUGGAGGCGCUGAAGCGACGCGGCUACAACGCGCACGAGUACUACAACCGGCUGCCCGAGCUACGCCAGUGCAUCGACAUGAUCAGCAGCGGCUUCUUCUCGCCGCACGACCUCAAUCAGUUCAAGGACGUGGUGGACAUGCUGAUGAACCACGAUCGCUUCUUGCUGUUCGCCGAUUACGAGGCCUACAUCCGCUGCCAGGACGAGGUUGACAAGCUCUACAUGAACCCGGACGCUUGGACGAAGAAGGCCAUCAUGAACAUCGCGUCGUCGGGCAAGUUUUCGAGCGACCGCACGAUCGCCGAGUACGCGCGUGACAUCUGGGGCGUGGAGCCCAGCUGGGAGAAGAUGCCGCCGCCGGACCAGCCCCGCGAGUAGCCGCUCCUCCGGCCGCCAGCGCCGGCCGCUGUAGGGUUGUGAGGCCGGCUCAGCAGCGGGUCGGGCUGUCCAGUCGGGCUGGAAAUUUCUGCGUCUGCGGAGGGCUUGGGGCGAGUUAGACCGCCGUCUAGUCAAGGAAACAGGGAGCAGCAUGGUUGUGCUUCACCGGAGUCAUCGCUGUGUUUUCAGUCGCGUCGGCACGGAUUGGUCCCAAUAUGCUGUGAAAAUGCUGCCAGGAUUGUUGUCUUGUUAAGAUGUUUACGCAAUUUUGCGGGUGUCUUGCGUUUGUUUUUUAGAUGGCAAAGACGGACUCGGUGUGGUGAUGACCGUGAUGAAGAGGAAACUAAGUGUAAAGGUUGGCGUGGUGCGUGAUAUGAAAAUUGCCGCCGUCGUUGAAAAUUGACUGUUGUGACUACCGUCAUGCGUGUGGAAUCCCAAUAUACCAGGAAAAUGAA